GUCAUGUAAUUUUUCAAACAGUGUGUUUGAUUUCUGUUAUCAGAAACAAGGCGUAAAAUGCAUGUUUUCAUUCACAUCUUUUAAAAGUCUGAAGAGUCCAAGAAACUGCAUUAUUGGAAGGGAUUUUUAGGUGCAGGAACCCUGUAUAGUACUGUGGUCCCUCAUACCCAAAGCUGGCAACAGGGCUGGUUAGAUCAGCUGUUUUGUUCAAUAUUAUAUAUCUUGGAUAUGAUAGACUGACUUUUUUAAGGUAGAAACUCCAAGCUGUAUUAACCAUAUGCUUCCAUGGAGCCCAGUCUGGGGCACUUAGGCUUUAUACAGUUGAAAAACGCCAUAGCAUCUACAGAAAUGCCUAUUCAUUAUUUCAGCUGUCCACAGUGUACUGAUGUCCAGUACUGUAGUGACCAGUGCAUGCGGUCAGCCCAGGAAUCACACCACUGGCUGGAGUGUGGUCUUUGGGAUGGCCUGAACAUGUUGGGCACCCAAGCUUGGCUGAGCCUGCGUCUGCUGCUUCAAGCAAAGUCCUGGCAUAAUGCCAAGUACAUUGCAGAAAUGGCUUCAUCUAGGGUGUAUGAGAAUGAAGUAGAGAGGACUGAUGGAUCCUCGCCCGCAGGGUGUGGUCAAGAUGGCUGCUAUCACGGUGACUACCAAGCAGUCUAUCACCUUGUGCCUCACGCCAAGAACCACUCGGAAGAGCAGUUAUUCAACAUGACAAUGACCGCCCUCCUACUUUCAAAAUGUAUCCAGAAGAAGUUGGAUCACUCCAGAGAAUGGAUGCAACACACUGACACCAGCCAAGUGUCAUCAACAGUCACAGCAUUCCGUGAACUAGGAAACACUGAGGAGAACAAGCCAACCGAUGUCAACGAAUCACAGAAUGAAGAAAGUGCAAAACAUUUAUCAUCAUGUUGCAAACAGUCCAAGCUUAGCAAAGAUUCUCAAGACUGUAUGUGUAAAAGGGAAGAGAAAUGUGCUUGUGGCGAUCCUAGCUAUAAUCGGCUCAAUGAGCAUGAUCCAUCAAUGGUUCAUGAGAUCGCUGCAUUUCUUUUGAGACACUUGCAACAGUUGACGUGUAAUUCACAUGCAGUAACGACCAUCCAGAAAACAGAAGAUCUGAACUCUCUCUCAAACAUGGACAAAGAGCUGAAACCAACCAACUCAAGACUCAGAAACUCUGAUGCCAGUGUCCGUUCUGGAACAACAAAUCGAUCAGUGGAAGUUGACCCACCAGUAAACACAAGGGUGGACAAAUGGUGUGAUAGAGAGCAAGACACCAUGGUAGAUACAACCAAGCAGGCUCGACUGGCGACUGCCGUGUAUCCGACGGCUAGCCUACUGAAUCAUUCCUGUCAACCCAAUACUAUAGCAAGCUUUGAUGGUGCCAUCUUGACCAUGAGGGCCACAAGAGACAUCCAGCCAGGAGAAGAGAUUCUCCAUUGCUAUGGACCACAUGCCAAGCACAUGAGCAGAGACGAGAGACAGAAGGCUUUGCAAGAGCAAUAUUUCUUUACUUGCACCUGCCAUGCAUGCACUGUGACACCUGUAGAUGAAAUGGAGACAUGUGACUGGUCCAACUCAUUUGCGUGUUGCAAGUGUAGCCAUCCCUUAAUGCAACGAGAAGGCAAAAGAAAAGUUGGUGUUUGCAUCAACCCAGACUGCAGACAUAAACAGAGCCUGAGAGACGUAUUAAAGGAGAAAGAGAGGGCAGGCAACUUGUUCAAAUUAUCUCAGCAUUUCCUGGAAUGUAAACAUAUUGAAGAGUGUCUUGGCAUCUUACAUCAGUGUUACAAUGUCCAACGAGAUAUUCUGUACAAGCAUCACAAGGCAUUGGCUGAGACUCAGGAUUUCCUGGCAAAAUGUUACUCUUGUAUGGGUGAUUAUAAAACAGCAGGAAAGUAUCUGCGAUUGAGCAUAGCGACCGUGGAGAAGCAGUAUGGGCAAGACAGCAUUGAAUUGGCCAAUGAAUUGCAUAAACUAGCUCAGGUUUUAUUCAAUGGAGGUGAGGUACAAGACACCCUUGUUAUCUUGGAUCGUGCCAUCAAGCUCUUAGUGCUGCACUAUGGACCAAACCACCGUGAUGUGCAAGAAUUGAGUCGAAUGAAAACUUGUUUACCAUCCCUUUGAACAUUGCUCAACUGUCGGAAACUUGAGGAGGUGGAGACAAUAUUUAUCCACCACUACACUAUUAAUUUCAAAAAAAAUUGUAUUAAAUCCAACUAUUUUAGCUAUUGUGGUUGUGACCUAAUCAGAGUUAUCCAAAACUGACUUCAAAUUGAAAUUAUGUCAAGCAGGUAUUUAAUUCACAUUUUUUUAAUGGCACUCCUGUACACUUUAAAUAUAUCACAUUGUGUUUAUUAAGCUAUCCAAGUUUUGAUUUUCAACUUACAUGAUUGUUCUUCAGUGGAAACUGAGAUGGAAUGUUAAAGUUUGUUUUGAAGACCAAAUAAACACAUUUUGGACUUGCCAUUGAGGCCCUGUGAAUGAAA